AUUGCCGCACCUUUGUUCUGAUAAGAGGUCCCAGCCCCCAAUGACAAAGUGCGAACGAUGGGGAGGGCCGCGGCGAUAUAAGGGGCCGGUGAAGUGUCACGGACCUUCAGAGCUUCUCUUAAUGAUUUGAGCUUCUGUCCUGCUAUCUUCAAUCUGAUUUUUUUUUCCCUCAUGGAUUUCCUCCGCGCUUAUUUCGUCCUGUGCGCCGCUUUCCUUGCUCUCAUCGAGGCUUUUACGCAUGAGGAUAUGAAGGACGCGCUGCUGCAAAAACUCGGUUUGGAUGAAGUUCCUAGAAUCCAAAAGAGGGAUCUGGAGAACCUGCUGGUUCCUGCGCACAUUAAGAACAAAUACCUGUCCAUGCUGAAGAUGCACCACAGCCGGAGGCGUAGAUCUCUGCCCAGCCUGGCGGGGAUCCUGAGGGGGAUUCCUGGCAAUGCAGAUAUUUCUGGAGAGUACGUCUACUCAGACACCACCCGGCACCGCAUGGUGUUUGACAUGGAGGCGCGGAUCCCGGAUAACAGCGAGGUGACCAUGGCCGAGCUGAAGCUUUACCAGCGCGCAUCGCACCACAAACGUUACACCGUGGAGAAAAAGAACCACCGACCCGUCAACAACGCCCGGGUCAGCAUCUACUGGGUGGAGGUGCUGCCGGACGGCUCCAACAGGACCUCACUUGUGGAUUCACGGUUGAUCCCAAUUCAUGAGACCGGCUGGAAGAGCUUUGAUGUCACUCAGGCGGUGCACUAUUGGUCCAAGACGCAGCAGAAGACACCCAUGCACCUGGAGGUGUGGAUCGAGGGCGAGAGACCUGGCAGCUACGCGGCAGAGAUGGCCAGGAGUGUGCGCUUUACCACCCAGGAGCAGACGGAUAACACCUUGGGGAAGCCUGAGCUCAUCCUUUACACACUCAACCUCGAGGAGUACGGCUCUGCAGGCGACUGCGAUGCAAACCAGAACAAAGACACCUGCUGCAGAGAGGAGUACUUCAUCAACUUCCGCGCGCUCACCUGGACGCAGUACUGGAUCAUCGAGCCGGCCGGUUACCAGGCCUUCAGGUGCACCGGAAGCUGCAAGCAACCCAAACGCAACUACGGCUACGGAGAGCGGCGGUGCGUGGUGGCGGAGAGUUCCCCGCUGCCCAUCAUGUACCUGGUGAAAAAGGGGGACUACACUGAGAUAGAGGUGGCUGAGUUCCCCAACAUGAUUGUGGAGCGAUGCGGCUGCAUGCUGGACAACGCCUCUGUGGUAUGAAGGCCGUAGUCGUCCUGUUGGGAAAUAAUGCAGGGCGAAUAUAGUUCCUUUUGUUAGCUGUUGCCGUAUUUAAUGUUUUUUUUUUUUUUACCAACUCGUCAAGUACUUUUUAUUUAAAUGGACAUUCAGAGGGAACAGUUCAGGCGGUACGAUAAAUUCAA